GUAGUAUUCCUUAAACCCACUUGUUACGAGAUAUCUAUUUUGGCGAGGUGUCUGUUUGACAAAGGAGGCUUCAACUUUUGUCAUGUAUCUUUGCUGUUGUGUGUUUAUUCCGGAUUUUCAGAUAUCGUAACUUUUUUGCUUAUAUUGUUGAUUGAGUUCUUUAUUAUGUGUGACUGCAAGUACAGGCAACCUAACAAAUGACAAGGAGAGCUCUUUCCUACAUCAAAUGCUUCUUUUAUAAGAAUAUUAAAAGUAAUGUACUUUUAAUAUUUAACUAAUAUUGAUUCUUUUUUGUGCAUACUAGAUUACAAUAUGCCGCGAGGAAGACGUUUCAGAAAUAUUGAGUUUCAGUACACAUCCGUGGGAUCUACUUCUGAUCGUUCCCAGCAGCCCGAUGAGCCCCAUACUCAGUCCGGGUCCCAGUCGGAGCACGCUCCACCUGCAGAUCGUCCAGACACGGAUGAUGUGGACGUCCUGGAUGGACUGGGGAGAGUGAGGAGAACACGAGGGCCCACUCGAGCACGGGACGUAUGGAGCCUACCUGAGGAUGAGAAGAUUGUCGUCCAUUGCAACGAACUAGGGCAGCCCAUCAAGAAUGCUGCAAGCAUUUCAUCCACUUUUUUAGGAUCGGUUGCGCGGAAGGGACAAUUGUGUCCACUCAACUAUACGAAAUGGGACGAAAUGCUUCCUUCGUAUAAGGUUGAGCUUCUUAGAGUUGAUGAGGUAAAGAAUUAAAUUUGCUUACUAUCUUCAAUUAUUUUUUGAUUU